AUGAAUAAAGACAAUAUUCAAAAUUCUGAUCGAAUUGUAAUUUAUACAAGAAAUUUAAUGAAACAAUUUCCUGGUACAAAGGAUAACAACGAAUUAAUUAGUUCUUUAGAGAAUCUAUUAAAAACGGUGAUACUCAAGUAUAAUCUUGAUUUGGACAUAAUUGAAAUUCCCGAACCAUCACUCUUAGAUCAUAAAAUCACUGAUGAUAGAAGUGAUUACGAAAUCACAGCUAAAUUAUUUCUUUUAACAUCAGAGAAAUCAUUCAUUUCACAAUCAUUAUAUUAUUUAUUUAGAUUACUUGAAUUAGAAAAAUUAUAUGAUGAUAGAUAUAUUGGCAAAUUAGGUGUAAGUGAAUUUAAUAUGAAUAGAUUGAAGAAACUAAUUGAUGCUACAAAGAACCUUUGUUCUGUAUCUCGUGAAUUAAUUGAAUUUGGCAAGAAAAAUGAUGUAGAAUUAUUGACUCAUAGUGAUUCUGAUGAGAAUUUUCACAAGAUUAUAAAGGGAUAUACUGAUUCAAUGAAAAAAGCCACCACUGAUAAAGUGUUAGAUGGUUCUGAUGAGAAUGAAUAUGUGCCACAAUGGGUAAUAAAAUAUUCUGUGGAGAUUAAAUGCAGGGGAAUAGUUGCCAAUAAAGGAAAAGAUUUAAUAAUUGGAGGCUCAUUGUCGUCUUGCUCAUCUUUUGAACUAUCUUCCGGACCUUCGCAUUCCUCUCCUUCCUCUUCUACUUCGAAUAUUAGCCAUAAUGAACCAAAGAUUUGGACAUUAAACAAUUUUGAUAUUGGAUGUGGACUUGGUAAAGGACAACUUGGACGUGUUUAUCUUGCAAGAGAGAAGACUAGUGGAUAUAUUGUCGCAUUGAAAGUAAUGUCUAUAUCAGAAAUUAUUGAUGCCAAGGCUGAAAAACAAUUAAGAAGAGAGAUUGAAAUACAAAGUAAUAUAAGACAUCCAAAUGUUCUACGUCUAUAUGGGCAUUUCCAUAAUGAAACACACGUAUUUCUAAUUCUUGAAUAUGCAGCUAAAGGAGAGCUUUAUAAGCAGUUAAAACAAUGUACUAGAUUUACUGAAAAACGCGCAUCAAGGUAUAUUGCUCAAAUGGCAGGUGCUUUAGCUUAUCUUCAUCAAAAGCAUAUUAUACAUCGUGAUAUCAAACCUGAAAAUCUUUUAUUGGGUUCAAAUGAUGAACUUAAAAUAGCAGAUUUUGGUUGGUCAGUACAUGCUCCCAGUCAAAGACGUAGAACAUUUUGUGGCACAUUGGAUUACCUUCCACCAGAAAUAAUCGAGUAUCAAACUCAUAAUUCAAAAAUUGAUCUGUGGUCCCUUGGUGUUUUGUGUUAUGAAUUAUUGUCUGGCUCUCCACCAUUUGAGGAAGAAACUGGCUAUCGUGCUACAUAUAAAAGAAUUAGGAAAGUUGAUUUUAAAAUGCCUGAACACAUUUCAGAAGAUGCUAAACAUUUAAUUGGAUCGAAGACAUCAUCAGAGUUCUGUUCAUCAAAAAAAUCUCCAUAG